CCACUUCCUCAGCACAUCACUCCUAGGUUCACUAUAUCGGAUUCUUGUAAUGGCUCCUGUCGGCCCGCAGCUUCCUCCCGAAUUACAAAAGCGCAAACGCAGCCCAGACGAUGAAAACGAAGGACAAGGCAGUUCUUCUGAUUCUUCGACAGGUCCUCUACCUCAACGACCUGCCUCAAAAGAGUCGUCGCCACCUUCCUCCAAGCGCAGCCGAGUCAUAGGCCCUACGCUUCCGCCGGCGCCUCUAGACGAACGACCCCCGAGCCCGCCGCAGCCCGUUGACGCCCAUGAAGGUGAGAGUAGCGACGACGAUGAUUUCGGUCCUAGUCUGCCCUCUGCAGGUGACUCCUCAAAGCCGGUACAGUCAAUCGGACCACAGAUAUCAUCCUCCAACGAUCCGCCUGCACGACUUCAGCGGGACGAAUGGAUGACCAUGGCGCCUGACAACGGGGAUUGGUCUUCGCGGAUAGACCCUACGAAACUGAAGAACCGAAAGUUCAAUACCACAAAAGGUGCAAAAGGUCCACAACAAUCCGGAGUCGGAGGGUCGUCGUGGCAUGAGACACCCGAGGAGAAGCAAGCUCGUCUGAGAAGGGAAGUCAUGGGAAUUUCAGACCCCACAGCCUCCUCAGAGAGGAAGAUGAAACCCACAGGCACUUCGCAUGACGAGGCGACGGCAAAGAGGGUGAAAGAGUAUAGCGACAAGCAGAGAGGCCCAUCUCUCUACGCCUCCCAUAGCUCCGCCAACAAGGCUGUGGAAGAAGACGACCCCAGUGCUCGUGCAUUUGAUCGCGAGAAAGAUAUCGGUGGUGGCAUGGCAAUUAGCGCCACCAAGCGUAGGGAGAUGGUCAAGAAGGCCGCCGAUUUUUCUUCGAGGUUCAGCGAGGCGAGGUAUCUAUGAUGCGGGCUCACUCGGAGGAUGAAUUGAGAAUUUUGUCAGCCUUUUUGAUUGAGUCCGUCAGGAGUGUCAUUUGUACGACGUUUACUCAUUCACAAGACCAGUUGAAUUCAGUCUCCAGACUCCACGGGUUCACUCUCCGCGCCGAGAUCUCAAGCCAGAUGCAAGAGGACAGCCGGACUCUGGGCCAUUGGAGAUACCAGGACCUUUUGUCGCGAACAGUCCAGGCCCGCAAACCGCAUACAAAGCUGAGGACGAAC